GCAGCAUGUUGUAGUGAAGUGCAAAGUGGUUACACAACGAGAGAGCGAAAGCCUGGAUGAAGCCUUUGGAGGACACUUGCUAAUUUCAUUGCACAGGAGGCCUGUGGAAAUCCUGCAGCUGAGAGAUCUGCAGUUGGACCCAUCGUACUUCACCAUCUGGGCUAUUGAAUUUAAUUAAAGAAAAAUGACGCAGAGACUCUUAGAAAAACUUGAUUCUCUGGAACAAUAUUCACGCAAAAGACUGGCCAAACAUGCAAAGGUUGAUAGCCCAGGACUUGGGAGAUUGCAGUUAAAGCCAUUUGUGACAACCCCAUUGACAUUUGAAUUUAAAGAGGAUUAUGAUAUACCCAGUGCUAGAACAAUAAAUAUUUGUAGGUCUAAACCUGCACUGCAGUUUUCAGAAGAUGAACAGCUCUUCAGACAUCAGCAAAUAAGUCCUUCCAGGCUUAAAUCUGUGACCCCAAGACUGACGGCUAGAAAGACUCACUCUGGCAAACCAACUGCAAGGCCAUUUAGUGCUCCAGAUACCUUAUACCAGAUAGCUAAAGCAUGUCAUCAGAAAGAGAAUCUGCACACGUUAAAAGAAGAUUUUAUUUCAUUAAAACUAAACCAAAAAGUAAAAUCUGCUAGUCUUAGACCAAAAGUUCACAGAAGACCAAAGUGGAACACAGAGGUUGAAAAUGUUCCGAAGCUGGAUGUCCUCUGUAAGCAAGAUAGCCAAGCCCAUUUACCAUCUACUCUUGACCAUAUAGACACUUCUCAUUGGUGCCCUCCUACAAGUGCCAGUAGUCAGAAUGAAGAGUCAUUUCUAACAGCUUUAAUGGGUAAGAAUCAGUGAAAUCCUUCUGUAUUUACAGCUGAGGAAAAUACAUGGAGAUUUACCAGUAGCAUUGCAUUGCCUUAGAUUCGAAUUAGAAGGAAAAUUUUACUUGGAGAAACUAGCUGUGACAACUGGAUAAAGGGACACAUCCUGCCUAAAUGGACUAAAUGGUGCAUAAUUCUAACUUGUUUAAAUGUUUCCCUAUUAUAUCAUCUGUUCAACUUACAUUUUUCUUUAAUUCUUAAAUUUAUUUUUAUGACUUAAAUCUUGCAUUAGUCAUGGUCAUAUGAGAUUAAAAUGUGGUUCUACUCUGAAAAGUGACCUUAU